CACACUCACACACACUCACACACACACAUAUACACUACUGCAUUUCGCUGGGGGUGAAGCCGAAUGUUUUGGAGGCAAAGUUGUCGGUGCAGAACCGGGAUCCACGCCGAGCCGGAGCCGGGGGAUCGAGCUCUCUGACGCCGCCACAAGCAGCGACGAGCCGGGGAGUUUCAUCUGAAAUGCGCUGAGCUCCGCGGUGAGCCCUCCGCCACUGACAGCGUCUGCAGCCUGCUUCAAGAUGGCGGCUCGGCUCCUAUUCAUUUGCUGCUGAUCGCCUCCCCAACUUUCAUUGUCUGCUCGCCCGGAGAACCGCCGAUCCCCAGCCCAGCCUCCAGGAUUGUCGCUCCUUUCCCUCAACAUGCAUCGAACGACCAGGAUAAAGAUCACCGAGCUCAACCCUCACCUCAUGUGCGUCCUGUGUGGAGGAUAUUUCAUAGACGCAACCACCAUCAUCGAAUGUCUUCACUCAUUUUGCAAGAUGUGCAUCGUGCGCUACCUGGAGACCAGCAAAUACUGUCCCAUCUGUGAUGUACAAGUGCAUAAAACCAAGCCUCUGCUAAACAUCAGGUCUGAUAAAACUCUGCAGGACAUUGUGUACAAGCUGGUCCCAGGCCUCUUCAAAAGUGAAAUGAAGAGGAGGAGAGACUUUUAUGCCGACCACCCUGUCGACGCUUCGAACGGGUCAAACGAGGACCGUGGAGAGGUGGCAGACGAGGACAAGAGAAUCAUUACAGAUGAUGAGAUCAUCAGCCUCUCUAUUGAGUUCUUUGACCAGAGCAGACUGGGAGUUGGCGUGGAGGACAAACAGCCAAAAGAUCAGGUGGCUAACAUAAGGUACCUGCAGUGUCCAGCAGCCAUGACGGUCAUGCACCUGAGGAAGUUCCUGCGCAGUAAAAUGGACAUCCCCAAUACCUACCAGGUUGAAGUCAUGUAUGAAGACGAACCUCUGAAAGAUUACUACACGUUAAUGGAUAUAGCAUAUAUCUAUACUUGGAGAAGGAAUGGCCCGUUGCCUCUGAAGUACCGAGUCCGAGCCAACUGCAAGAAGAUGAAGGUGAGCCAUGUGCAGCAGGAAGGCCAGAACAGCGCGAGCAGAUCCGGUCCAGAGAGCGACUCUGCCAGCGACAAAGCCGGAAGUCCCGCCGGGGCUCCGUCCACGUCCUCCUCGCUGCCGAGCCCCGGGACCCCCGCCCAGUCCCCGCAGCAUCCGCAGCUCCCGCACGGCGCCAACAACGUCAACGGGACCCCUGCUGCUGCCACCACCACCACCACCACCGCCAGCGCCCCGCCUCCAACCCCCAGCCGCCCCUUCACCCAGUUCGGCAGCGGCGUCGCCACCACCAAACCCCGGAAGGUUUCCCUGAACGGCUCGUCGACCUCCUCCGGAUGACGCGGGGCUCCGGACCGGACCCGCCAACGCCAGACCCCCGCUCAGCUGAUACUGUUUCCAUGCCAACGUAGUUCCAUCAUGUAUCUCUCUCUCUCCAUUGGUUGUUUGGAAUAGGACCGUAUCCUUUUAGUGGAAUCACAGACAUUUCAAAAUAAAAGCAACGCGGAAGUUGGUUGGCUUGGGGAAUUUUGAUAUGAAAGGAAAUGUUUGCUGUUGAGGAUUUAAAAAAAAAAAAAAAAAAGAAAGUUGGAAACGAGAAGACUAUCCCCAUCUUUUUUUUUUUUUUAAAGCUACAUCUUUAUUUUACAGAAGCGACUGAAGAUAGACUUUUAUAUUUCCUUUUAUGUCUUUUUUCAAAUUCAACGUGUUUAUCAUGGAUAUUUCAUGUGUGUUGGGAUGUUGUUUUUUGAAGCCGUCUGUUUGAACAUGCAUGCUCAUGAGAACACUUGUUUUCCAGGGAGAGAAUUCCACGUGCUUACCCCACAAGUCUCCUUUGGAGGUUCUGUUUGUUUUUUCGAAGUAUUUCCGGCAUUGAUCUAGUUAUAAAUGAAAAGAAACAACAGCGCUGUUGGCUUGAUGGAAAAAUUGCAUAUGGAGGAAAAGUGAAAAAAAAUCUUAACUUUGCCUUUUACUGGAAGAAAAAGAAACUUCCUCGUAGCCGCAGUGGAGUCUGAUUGUUUAUUUAUCCUCCACGUCAUAAGCACGUUAUAAGCAGUUUUAGAUUGAUCCACGUGUAAAUAGAAACUAAAUGCAUAUUUAAUCAGCGAUGUUAUUCUCUUAUCCCCCCUCUUUUAUUCUGAAGGAAUGACUUGGGCUACAUCUCAUGCUCAGUUGACGGAUGUAUUGAUGUCUCCCGUGUUUUCCCGUAUCUGUAUCGCUCGAUUGUAUGGACAACUUAUUGUAUUGUUACUGUUGCACAGUAUAAAACAUCUAAAUAAAAAAAAACAUUUUACACUUA